GGGUUGUGUACACGCUCCACUGACAGAGCUUCUUGCAGCCGGGCAGCCGCUGAUCACGCGUGGCCCCGCGAGCCCAUUGGCCGAGUCCUCACACACCUUUGCCGCUGAUUGGCCGGCGCCAGGCCCCGCCCGCUGCCCCGCCCGCGGCGCGGGGCAGGCAGAGCGGCUACCUGAAUGGGGAGGGGGCCAGACAGCGCGGAGCGCGGCGGCGUCGACGUCUGGAGUCUCGGUGCGCCCGUCUGUGGCCAGGCAGCCGGCGGCCAGGCGGCCAGCGACCCGCGGCCAGCCAUGCUCAACUUCGGCGCAUCUCUCCAGCACGCUUCGGAGGAAAAAAUGGAACUAAUUUCUGAAAAGCCGAAAGAGAGUACACACCCCUGGAACAAGACGGAGCAGAGUGACUUUGAAGCUGUGGAGGCGCUCAUGUCCAUGAGCUGCGACUGGAAGUCUCAUUUCAAGAAAUACCUUGAAAACAGGCCUGUCACCCCAGUGUCUGACACCUCAGAGGAAGAGGGUGUACCCCCAGGGACGCCUGACCUUCACACAAUCCCGGCAUUUUGUUUGACUCCACCUUAUAGCCCCUCUGAUUUCGAACCCUCUCAAGUGUCAAGUCUGACCCCACCAGCGCCAUCUAGUGGCCACUUCAAAUCAUUCUCCGACGUUGCCAAGCCUCCCAGUGCUGCUCCUUUCAAACAAGAGAAGAGCCCAGUAGCUGUCGCUCCCCUCCCUAAGGCUCAAGCGACAAGUGUCAUCCGUCACACAGCUGAUGCACAGCUGUGUAACCACAGAUCCUGCCCUGUCAAAGCAGCUAGCAUCCUCAACUAUCAGGACAACUCCUUCAGGAGAAGAACCCACCUAAAUGCUGAGGCUGAGAGAAAGAACAUACCUUGUGCAGCUGUGUCACCAAACAGAUCCAAACGUGAGCCAAAUGUAGCAGCAGCAGAUGGUGACGAGAAGGCGGAUGCUGCACUGUAUGACUUUGCUGUGCCUUCCUCAGAGACAGUCAUUUGUAGGUCUCAGCCAGCACCUGUGUCCCCACUGCAGAAGUCAGUACUGGUCUCCUCCCCUACGGUGGCCACUGGGGGCGUGCCUCCCAUGCCUGUCAUCUGCCAGAUGGUUCCCCUUCCUGCAAACAACUCUCUUGUUACCACAGUUGUCCCUAGCACUCCACCCAGCCAGCCACCAGCUGUCUGCCCCCCUGUGUUGUUCAUGGGCACUCAGGUGCCCAAGGGCACUGUCAUGUUCGUCGUACCCCAGCCCAUUGUUCAGAGCCCAAAGCCUGCAGUGCUGAGCCCCAAUGGCACCAGACUGUCUCCCAUUGCCCCUGCUCCUGGAUUCUCCCCUUCAACAGCAAGAGUCACGCCCCAGAUUGAUUCAUCCAGAGUGAGAAGCCACGUCUGUAACCACCCAGGAUGUGGCAAGACUUACUUCAAAAGUUCCCAUCUGAAGGCCCACGUGAGAACACACACAGGGGAGAAGCCUUUCAGCUGCAGCUGGAAAGGCUGUGAAAGGAGGUUUGCUCGCUCCGAUGAACUGUCCAGACACCGCCGAACCCACACGGGAGAGAAGAAAUUUGCCUGUCCUAUGUGUGACCGUCGGUUCAUGAGGAGUGACCAUCUAACCAAGCACGCCCGGCGCCACCUAUCAGCCAAGAAGCUCCCAAACUGGCAAAUGGAAGUGAGCAAGUUGAACGACAUCGCUCUGCCUGCAACCCCCGCUUCCGCGCAGUGACAGCCAGAAGAUGAGGAGUCAGAACUAACUUUGGUCAGAGCCAGGAGCCAGUGAUGGAGCCAAAAUGCCCUCCAGCAGGGGUAAAGCAGAAGCCCCUGGCCUUGGGAAGGCCCAGCCUGGCUUAGAUGACAGAAGCGCUUCAGCCAUGGGCAGGUCGCAGAAGGGCAGGUCUCCUCCCCACAUAGAGAUGAGAGCGCUUCUGUUCUUCUGGAUAGCCUGGAAGGGUUCAGGUGAGGUGAGCGCAGCACAGGUUUUGAAUCAUGCACACACACACUGGGUACUUUGUUUUCGCCGUUUAUACUUGAGACCAGCUUUGCAGUGUGAUUCUUUUAAAGCAUUGGUUUCAAGAACAUAGAGGCUGGAAAUUACGGUACAGAACAGGAGCUAGACAGUGAGUUUGUGUUACACAACGGUGUCAUCUUCUCCUAGAGUUAUCUUGUUUAUUAUUCUUGGUCUUUCCAGUCCACUCUGUGGAUGUGAUUAAGUAUAUCUAAAACUAUCAUUUUCCACUGUUGUUGGUAUUUGAAGUUGAACAGCUGUACAUUGCUAAGGGGGAGCCGAAGAAUUGGAACCCUCAUUAAUUUAAUUGCUUGGAAGUACAGCUAAAAUAAAUUUUUUUUUGGCAUUUUGUUUUGAAAGUUUAACAAAUGACAGCAUUUAGGCAUUUUACUCUACUUUAGAUUUUAGUUUGCCUGCAGUUUCCUGUGUAGAUUUGAAAAUUGUAUACCAAUGUGUUUUCUCUAGACUUAAGAUACACUGCAUUUUGUUUAGAAAAAAAAUCUCAAGAUGAAAACAGAUUGUAAAGAAGGAUGUCAAGAGUUUGAGAUAACUCCUUGAGAAAGACAGAUGGCUUUAUGUCAUCAGUAAAAGACACUUAUGUCCUUCAAAUUAGGAAGUUAAUGAUCAUUACAGAUGGACAAUUGUCUUAUUUUUAGGAUUUUUCAGGAUGUCAGAGUAGGUAGGAAAAUUGUUAAUUAGAACAUACACUUCCAACUCGAAAAUGAUGUUCACAGCGCAGUUCUUACCACUGCAGUGCUCGGGCACCUGAGAAACUCACACCUGCAGUUCUGGGGUUCGAAUCCAGGGCUUGCAUGUGUUCUGCAAGCGCUCUACCACUAGAGCAGUGACUUUUGCUAACCAUGCUUCUAUUCUGUUGUAAAGUAUCUGAUAAACUCGGCGGUAAAGAUAAAUUGUUCAAAUACGUAGUGAAAAACUGUCACUAUACCUUCCCAUUUAAACUGUUUCUGUAUCUUGGGUGUAGGUUUCUAACAUGCAAACUUGAACCCUUGAAAAAGAUUUUUCUUAAAAAGUAUAAAAAAAAAAUCACGAGUUACAAUUUGCACAAUAUUUUUUUGUUGUACUUUAUACCUUGUUUACAAUAAAGAAUUUUCUUUAGUAUA